AUGGAGACACAAAAGCGCAAGAGUGACGAUGAUGCAACCAAGGACGCGGGAUCACAGGAUCGCAUGAAGAAAGCACGCGUCGAACAGCCUGAACCUCCAUUGUCAGUAUACCAAAUCUACGAAGACACUGCCAAGGCACUUAGAUCAUCCAUUCAAGAGCUGAAUGUGGCGACGAGCAAGCCUCAUAGCACGACGGACACGGACGACUAUGCUAGGACCGCAAUCGCAUAUCUCCCCCAUGUCCGCGAGAUCAGUAGCAUGGAAGGACACCUCGGACUUGCAUGGGAUCUGCUGACAAAGAUCGCUGAGCAUGCCUUCUCGCCAGCUUUGUCUUACCAGAAUCCUGGACGUGGUGGUAGUGCUGUACCAUUCAUGGAACUGGACGUGGACAUGCUUUUGCUCAUCAAGCUUCAAAGGGAACGUGACAAUGAUACUCAUUGGAUGUCUUCUAUCCUUACAAAACUCGAGGAACGAAGAAACUUCCUGCUCAGGUUUGGCCUUCACGGUUGGUUCUCUCGAUGUAUUGAACACAUGAGAUCGGCGCUCGGUCGUGCUGCGAUCGUUGAGGAAAUCCCACGAAUGCCAGAAGAGGGCGCGCGAGCAGUCUCGCCUCCACCCGAGAUGAAGUUACUCUAUCGCCAAACAAUCCGAGACAUUGACAAAGACAUCGCCAAGUUCAAUGGCUCAAACGGGAAAAGGCGCAAGCAUUCAUUCGGGCCUGAGGAUUACGCCGUCAACGCCGUCAGGUAUAUCCCCACCAUCCUUGAUAUAAGUUACAUGGAGGGACGUUAUGGCUUGUUCCAUGCAUUCUUGCUCAUGCUCCGCGUCUCCGACACUGCCUACGGUAGCUUGGGAGACUAUAACGAGGAUUGCAGGAACGGCGAAAGCGAAGAACAUUAUGGAGAGCUUGACGAUGCACUGUGGUGGCUGAUCCGGCGCCUAGUCAUGGAUCCAAUGCCUCCGCGUUCGGCUACGCUUGCGGAGAAAGAGAGAGAGUGGUCGCGUAUGUCAUGUACUUCUGUUAGUCAUCGAAGGUCGUGGCAACGUUCUCGCGAUAACGAUUGGGUCGAAUCGACACUCGAGGACCUGACGCAGACGAGCUAUCGCCUCUCGUCGUAUGGUCUAAACGGUUGGUUUCCGGAGAGCAUUCUGGAGCUCGAGUCCAUCUUGGAGCAACGAAACUUGCCACGUCUCUAUUCGCGCGAAGCUCGUUGUCUCUAUAGCGAGUUGAUGAUGGACAUUCGCUACAGGACUACGAUUAUGAGAAAAAGGGAGUUCGGGUAUCAUGGUGUUAGACCAGCCAACUGUACACCACUCAUUGUGCAACUGCUGCCUGAUCUGCGGCGUCUGGUUGGCCGUCAUGCAGCAAGUCAGGAUGCUAUGAAUGUCGCGGUGGCACUGGUCAGAUAUUUCGAAGAAGUCAACGAACCCGACGAAGACGAGGACGAAGAGCAAUCUACCGGACAUACUUUGGCAGAAUUGGACGAUAUCCUAUGGGUGCUCAUUGAACGAGAAGUACGAGACAAGAAAAAUCGGGUAGCACCCUACAACGAAUGGACGGCUUUCCCUCACAGAAUACUCACAACAACGAGGGAUGACCUGGAGAAAUACGGAGUCGAGGAUCCCUUUGAGAACAGCAUCACCUCGCUGGAGAAUCACAUCUGCGGAGAUCUAGUAAGAGGCAAUUAA